AUACGGUACACGUGAGCGUCGUUAAAGUUGGACAAGAUGUCGUACAAUUACAAACCGACUGCUGUGAAAAGACUUCCACGUGCCAAGGGACAACCAAGCAAAGAGGCGCUGUUUUGGAAGAAUUUUGAAUUUCCAGUAACUGUCAAGGAAUAUGGUGCUGUAACCGACAUUGACUUUUCUCCUGUUGAGCCUUAUAACUUUGCUGUCUCGAGCUCUACAAGAGUUCAAAUCUACAAUCCAUUAACAAACCAGAUUGAGAGGUCCUUGUCUCGUUUCAAGGGCGUUGCGUAUGGAGCUAGCUAUCGCCAAGAUGGUAAACUCAUGGUGGCAGGAGGGGAUGAAUCGUUUGUGCGUCUCUUUGAUCUCUCAGGCCGUGCCGUCCUCAGAAUCUUCAAAGGGCAUCAAGGACCUGUCCAUGUUGCCAAGUUUGCAGCGAACAAUCAGGUGAUGUCGUGUUCAGAUGACAACACAGUCCGUUGUUGGGAUAUACCAAGUGAAGAAGAAGUCAUCCGUUUCUCAGAUCACACUGAUUAUAUCAGGUCAGGAGUCGUUAGCCCUAGUAGCAAAGACAUCUGGCUUACUGGAUCAUAUGACCAUUCUGUGAAGAUGUAUGAUUUGAGGACAGGUUCUAGUAUUAUGAGUGUAGAUCAUGGUCAGCCAGUGGAGAGGGUUAUGAUGUUCCCUGCCGGAGGAGUCUUUUUAUCUGCAGGUGGAAACUACGUGAAAGUAUGGGAUGCCCUUGCUGGGGGUCGUCUCCUAGCAACAGUAAGCAAUCAUCACAAGACAAUUACAGCUAUGUGUUUUAAUGGAAACAAUUCAAGACUGCUUACUGCAUCUUUGGACAGACAUGUGAAGGUCUACGAUGUCACCACAUAUCAGCUGGUUGCCAGUAUGGACUACCCCGCACCCAUUCUAUCACUUGGUAUUUCUUCUGACGACAAGACACUUGUUGUCGGUGCUACAUCAGGACUGCUAUCCAUCAAACAUCGCAAACCAGAUGAUGAGCUGCAGACUUCCAAGCCUCAUAGGCAACGGAGUGCAGGGGCUAAUAGUAGAUACUAUGUUCAUGGCAAGGUGUUCACACCUAAAGAGGAUGAUAUGGUAGUCACUCACAUCAACAAAGAUCAUCUUGAGAAGUAUGAUAGAAUGUUGAAGAAGUUUGAACAUUCCAAAGCCUUAGAUGCAGCCCUUCAUCCAAAUGUUAGAUUACGAACACCCCAUGUGACCUUCAGCUUGCUCCAAGAAUUGAUCAGACGUGGUGUUGUGAAGAGCGCCCUCUCUGGUAGGGAUGAUCGUUGGCUGUGUAUCAUAUUGACCUUCUUGAAGAAAUACAUAUCAGACACAAACUUCACUCCUAUUGCUGUUGAUAUUUCAAAUAUUCUCUUAGAUAUCUAUGGUCCAGUGAUGGGCGAGAGUGAGGAUGUUAUGAAGCGGUUCCAGGCCUUGCAGGUAGGGCUUCAGCAGGAGCUGCGUUACCACACGACGUUAGAGGAAAUCCGAGGGAUGCUGGAUACCAUCCUGGCUGCGUCCCAUUCUACAUCCUCCAUCACCAAGGAAACCAACAACUUAGAUGAGCCAAGGGUGAACAGUGAUAAGAGGAUGAACGCCAAUGGACUUGAGAUGGGGGCCACAUGACAGUAAUGAAUUUCCUGGAACUAUUUUCACCUUGUCAUAGGACUCUUUAGUGGAUCAUUCAAACACUUUGGUGGAUGUGAAACCUGAAAGAAACAGACUCCUCUUCAGGUUUUGUCAAAUUUGAAGUCUUUUCUCGAUUGACAUGGACUUUUUGACAUCAUUCAACAAAGCUUGAAAUAACUAAUGGGGUGUUGCAAGAAACUUGCGAUCAAUUGCAAGUCAAUUUUUGGUCCCUAAAUCAAUCAUAUGUCUUGCAGUUAAUUGCAAAUUAGUGAUUGAUUGCUAAUUUGCCACUUGCAACAAGAAAUUUAAUCUGAUUUGCUACACCUAACGUUCAUCUAUCAGUUGUAAGAUUGCAACAGAAUAUUUGCAAUUGAUCGCAAAUAUUUUCUUACAACACCCCCUUAAUCUGGUCUUAAAUGAUUCUAGAGAGCAUUUAAUGAAAUGACUUGUCAGAGUGACAGACGUUUCAUCUGACAAGUCCUGCUUUAUCUGAAAAUUAAUAUGGUAACAGUGCUUCUCCUAUCAUAAUCAAGGAACGUUUUUAGAUUCAAAAACUUGUCUGAUGAAAAAUGAUGGAUGAUAUGCUCCCCUGGUAUUUUGGUUGUUCUAAUUCACAAGGAAAAGAUACAGUAAAACUCUUAUUCUGUCCAAAACAAAAUUUUAUAUUUUUUACAUAGUUGAAUCAUCCCUCUAAUACUCCAACCUAGCUGAUACAACAAAAGAGACUACCGGUGAUCAUUUUUUAAUGUGUUAUUACUUCGCUGAGAAAGCUCUUUACAGUGCAUCCCAGAAUAGCACAAAACAAAGAAUUAUCAAUGAUUUAUUGUAUCACAAAUAGAAUAGACAAAUUACCCAUCAAGGUACAGCUAAUAAAUCUGCUCAGUUAUACGAGCUGAAACAGGAGGCUGUAAGCUGUACAAUGAGAGUUGAUUUGCCUUUUGUAUUUGUGAUAAAGGUAUGAAGAAUUAUCAAUAUUUCUCGGUUCCGUUACAAGUAUGACACUCUGUAUAGUGAUGCAAACAUGUCAAAGUUUAAAGAAUGAAUUUAUUUUUCAAAUGUCUGUCUUUGUUUCAGAAGGAUCAUUCUAAGAAAAUGACUGAUUUAUCAAAGUUUCCGUUAUUGCUUCAGCACAAAACAGUAGCAAACAUAUGAGAAACAGAAAUCUAAAAGUGAAGGGUGAUUUAAUAAAGCAAGUACAUUUCGUAUCUUUGAAAGUGUACUAAAAUAUUACACAAUUUUUGUGAAGCUUAUGUAUUUUAUGGAAGUGACUGUCUAAAGAACUAUACAGGUUUUUGUCUCGCAUAACAGAACGAUAGUAAAAGGCACUGCUUUUCUGACGGCAACAACUUUAAUAUUGAAUCUUAACCAAGGUUAAGUUUUUGAUGUUGGGGGUAUUUUUUUAAAAUAUCCAACCAUUUGAAAGGCUUUUGUUUUAGUUCAUGAAACUUGGACAUGAGGGUAAUCUAGUAUCAUAUAUCGUCUUACAUGAGUUUCAGAUGAUUAAGGUCAAAGGUCAUUGAGGUUCAAUGAUCUGAGUAUAAUGUCAUAUGAAUGGUGCUUUUGUGACUAAAUGUUCUUAAUUGGUUUUCAAGUGAGCCCUUGAGCUAUAUUGAAUUGCAUAAUGCAUGUGAGACUAGGGCCGUUAUCAAUAACAUCUUUAUUGCUACUCCUGUCGAGAAUCGCUUGUGUUCUGCCAAUUAGCGAUAUUGAUAACGUUUCUCUCAUUGUUGAUGAUACCCACUAUUAUGUAGGGACUCUGUUUUAUUCCGUAAUUUCAAAGAAUUCAUGGAAGCGGCUUUUGAAAGCAUCUUUUUAGAUGGAAAAUCACAGAAAAUGUAUUUUUCCUGAAACUGCACAGAACAGCAACAGAAAUUUUGCCAAAAUCUCAGCAAAAUACGAAUACUAGCUACAAAGCCAAUGGACUUGAGAUGGGGGCCACAUGACAGUAAUGAAUUUCCUGAAACUAUUUUCACCUUGUCAUAGGACCCUUUAAUGGAUCAUUCAAACGCUUUGGUGGAUGUUAAACCUUUAUGGAAAAGAAACAUGGACUCCUCUGCAGGUCUGUCAAACAAAAUUGUCUAUUUUUUACAUAGUUGAAUCAUCCCUUUAGUACUCAAACCUAGCUGAUACAACAAAAAAGACUACUGGUGAUCAUUUUAUUUUAUGUGUUAUUACUUCGCUGAGAAAGCUCUUUACAGUACAUCCCAGAAUAGCACGAAACAAAGAAUUAUCAAUGAUUUAUUGUAUUAGUCACAAAUAGAAUAGGCAAAUGACCCAUCAUAGCACAGCUAAUAAUUCUGCUCAGUUAUACGAGCUGAAACAGGAGACAAUGAGAGUUGAUUUGCCUGUAGUAUUUGUGAUUAAGGUAUGAAGAAUUAUCAAUAAUCUCGGUUUCGUUUUAAGUAAAACGCUCUGUAUAGUGAUGCAAAUAUGUCAAAGUUUAACCCUAAAAAGACUGGGGUGGGCUGAUUCAGCCCCCCCUCGACAUUUUUCGUGAU